UCUCAUUUUUUAUUCUACGGUUGGGAGGGCCUGAUUUGUAUUUUGUGUUUUGUUCGAAAUAUUGUUUGAUUGUAAAGGUGUAAAAUUUAAUUAAUUAUUUCAAAGCUAGCUGUCUCUAUGAAUAUACUACGCACGCACAUCGUCUGUUAACUGAGAAAAUAAAUUCGAGACUGCUACAUUUUUUUCGGUUCCUGGCGCAAGAUUUGACUGAACUGUGUUACAACUAAAAACAACAUGUUCUUCUGUAAAAUAGCUUUAUUAGUUGUUAGCGCAACGUUCGUCAUUUGCAGUCGCGAUGUAGAGGUGAAAACAGAGGAAGAUUUGGGUGUUAAAUACGCAAACACUUGCGAAGUGUGCAAAGUAUUGGCCAUGGAGUUGCAGAGUAGCCUCGAUGAGACCGGUAAAGUUCGAGAUGUUAUUGAGAUAGGUUAUUCACUUGAUGACAUUCAGCCUAAGAAAAAGACUAAAUAUCAAAAAUCAGAACUGAGAUUAAUAGAAUCCAUUGAGGGUGUGUGUGAAAGGAUCCUAGAGUACAAUAUUCAUAAAGAACGCCAGGACAGUACACGUUUUGCCAAGGGCAUGAGUCAAACUUUUAAAACUUUGCACGGGCUAGUUGACAAAGGUGUCAAAGUAGACUUGGGCAUACCCUACGAGCUGUGGGACAAGCCAUCAGCUGAAAUAACACAACUGAAAUCACAGUGUGAGACUUUACUGGAGAACAAUGAAGCAGUUAUUGAAGAUUGGUAUUGGAACCUUCAAGGGAAAAAAGAUCUGAAGGUUCACUUGUGUCUUGACCACGCUUUGAAGGAUGCAGACAAAGGGUGCAUGUAUGAAGAUCAAAAAAACAAAGAUAGUCAAGAAUCAAAGAAUGAUCCUAAGCCGAAAGAAACAGUCAAACCAGAAUCAGGUAGCUCUGUAAACAUGCAAAACUCAAAUGCCAUGUAUGACAAUGAAAAUAUUGGUUAUGAUGAAUUGCCUGAACAAGGUCCAGAACAUAAUGAACCAGGAAAAAUGGAAAAUGUGGACACAAGAGGUGAAAAAGGUGACCGUUAUGAGCUUAAUGACAAAGUCUGGAUUCCAGAGGAGCUCAAGAAACAAAGAGAGGAGCUCUAAGUGAAUCUCCAGUGAUCUUGGAAUAAGGAAGACUGUGAUUUAAUGCCACGCAACCUAAAACUAAAAUAACAAUGUAAAAUGUGAACAGUUUAAUAGUUUGUAAAAGAAAAGCUUUUAAAAUUAUAGGGUAUAUUCACACAGAAAGUAGAUUGCCUAUGCUGAUCAAUCAAUGCUUAUAGGCACUAUUCCAUGUUGAUAACUGCUACAUAAAGCAAGUGGAUAUGAGCAUGUGAUGGUGAUCGGAGCACCUGACGCUGGUUUGACACAAGUAUAAAGACUUACUAAAUUAUGUACUACCUGUGCUGACUGUCCACGUUGAUCAAUAAGCUGAUAGUGUGUUGCGGGCAACCUGUUUUUUAAGUGAAUAAGCCUGUAGGCUAUUUAUGAUCCAUACAGCCUCAAAGUUGUUUAGAUAGAUGAUGAUGUCAUACAAAUGUUUGACAUACAUCCAACAAGCCAAGGCAUAGUUAAGUUUAGAUAAAUAAAUAAUUUACAGUCAGUGUAUUAUCAAUUUCCUGCAUUUAAAUAGAUGAUAAGAAUAAUGUAGUAUAAUUUGUAAAUCUGUUAGAAUGAGUACAUGUUGUAAUAAGAGUCAUAUCUGUCAUCCAAUAAAAUAAGUAAAUACUAAAAAUACUAUUGUAACUUAAUACCAAAUGUUGUUUUUGUAUACAUUUAUUUUAUACUU